AAUGAGUCCUCCCGUCCAGCAGGUGGUGGACCAGGCAGCCAGAAGACCAUUCUCCAUGAGGAGCAGUGGAAGAUGCCGGCUCUGCCAGCGCUGCUGCUGUCGAUUUACUUCCUCUUCCUGUUGCUGACCAUGGCCCCGCUCUCUUUCACCCAGGCUCCCGCCAUCUCCUCCAUCAGAAUGGCGGCUAUUUUGGACGACCAGUCGGUGUGUGGUCGAGGGGAGCGGCUAGCGCUGGCUCUGGCCAGGGAGAAUAUCAACAGUGUGUUUGAGGGCCCGUCCAGAGCCCGGGUGGAGGUGGACAUCUUCGAGCUGCAGAAGGACUCCCAGUAUGAGACCACCGAUACCAUGUGUCAGAUAUUGCCGAAGGGGGUGGUCUCUGUGAUUGGCCCCGCGUCCAGUCCCGCCUCAGGCUCAACUGUCAGUCACAUCUGUGGGGAGAAGGAGAUCCCUCAUGUGAAGAUAGGCCCGGAGGAGACGCCCAAACUCCCAUACCUCCGCUUCGCCUCGGUCAGCCUCUACCCCAGCAACGAGGACCUGAGCCUGGCUAUUGGGGCCAUCCUCCGCUCCUUCAGCUACCCCACCGCCAGCCUCAUCUGCGCCAAGGCAGAGUGCCUGCUGCGAUUGGAGGAGCUGGUGCGGCGCUUCCUGAUCUCCCGGGAAACGUUGUCUGUCAGGAUGCUGGACGAAAGCCUGGACCCCACCCCCUUGCUGAAGGAGAUCAGAGACGACAAAGUGGCCACUAUCAUCAUCGACGCCAAUGCCUCCAUCUCCUACCUCAUCCUCCAGAAGGCAUCGGAGCUGGGGAUGACGUCAGCAUUUUACAAGUACAUCCUCACCACCAUGGACUUUCCCCUGCUGCGAUUGGACAACGUGGUGGAUGACCAGUCCAACAUCGUGGGUUUCUCCAUGUUCAACAGCAGCCAUCCCUUCUACCUGGAGUUCAUCAGGAGUCUCAACCUGUCCUGGAGGGAGGGCUGUGAACUCAGCCCCUACCCCGGCCCAGCGCUGUCGUCGGCUCUCAUGUUUGAUGCGGUGCAUGUGGUGGUGGGGGCGGUGCGUGAGCUCAACCGGAGUCAGGAGAUUGGAGUGAAGCCACUCAGCUGCACCACUCCUCAGAUCUGGCAGCACGGCACCAGCCUGAUGAACUACCUGCGCAUGGUGGAGUAUGAUGGGUUGACCGGCAGGGUGGAGUUCAACAGUAAAGGCCAGAGGACAAACUAUACCUUGAGGAUCCUGGAGAAGCACCAUGGGGGUCAUAAAGAGAUCGGAAUCUGGUACUCUAACAACACGCUGGCGAUGAACUCCACGUCUCUGGACAUCAACAUGUCGGAGACGUUGGCUAACAAGACGCUCAUCGUCACCACCAUAUUGGAGAACCCGUAUGUGAUGCAUAAGUCCAACUACCAGGAGCUGCAGGGAAACGACCGGUACCAGGGCUUCUGUGUGGACAUGUUAAGAGAGCUGUCGGACAUGUUGAAGUUCUCCUUCAGGAUCAAGCUGGUGGAUGACGGGCUGUACGGUGCGCCUGAACCAAACGGUUCCUGGACAGGCAUGGUGGGAGAGCUCAUCAAUAGGAAAGCAGACUUGGCGGUAGCUGGGUUCACCAUCACCUCAGAGAGGGAGAAGGUCAUAGAUUUCUCCAAACCCUUCAUGUCUCUGGGCAUCAGCAUCCUGUACAGAGUCCAUUUGGGACGGAAGCCAGGUUAUUUCUCCUUCCUGGACCCGUUCUCUCCAGCCGUGUGGCUCUUCAUGCUGCUGGCCUACCUGGCUGUCAGCUGUGUGCUCUUCCUAGCCGCUAGGUUGAGUCCCUAUGAGUGGUACAACCCUCACCCGUGUCUGAUGGGGCGCAAGGACAUGCUGGAGAACCAGUACACCCUGGGCAACAGCCUGUGGUUCCCUGUGGGAGGCUUCAUGCAGCAGGGCUCUGAGAUUAUGCCCCGCGCACUGUCCACACGCUGCGUCUCUGGGGUCUGGUGGGCGUUCACUCUAAUCAUCAUCUCCUCCUACACGGCCAACCUGGCAGCUUUCCUUACAGUUCAGAGGAUGGAGGUGCCCAUCGAGUCUCCUGACGACCUGGCUGACCAGACCAACAUCCAGUAUGGUACCAUCCAAGGAGGCUCCACCAUGACCUUCUUCAUGAACUCGCGCUACCAGACGUACCAGCGCAUGUGGAACUACAUGCAUUCCAAGCAGCCCAGUGUGUUUGUGAAGAGCACAGAAGAAGGCAUCGCCCGCGUGGUCAACUCUAAAUACGCCUUCCUGCUGGAGAGCACCAUGAACGAGUACCACCGCCGCCUCAACUGUAACCUCACCCAAAUAGGAGGUCUGCUCGACACCAAGGGCUACGGCAUUGGCAUGCCCCUGGGCUCACCGUUUAAAGAGGAGAUCACUCUGGGGGUGUUGCAGCUGGCAGAGAACAACAGACUGGAGAUCCUGAAGAGGAGGUGGUGGGAGGGGGGGCAGUGCCCCAAGGAGGAGGACCACCGAGCCAAGGGUCUGGGCAUGGAGAACAUCGGGGGCAUCUUCGUGGUGUUGAUCUGUGGCCUCAUCAUCGCCGUUUUCGUGGCCAUCAUGGAGUUUGUUUGGUCCACCCGCCGCUCGGCAGAGACAGACGAGGUACGCCCUCACUGCUGCCCCGGGCGAAACCACAGAAACCCUCCAAUGUCAGUGUGUCAUGAGAUGCUAACCGAGUUCCGCAACGCCAUCUCCUGUAAGAAGACCUCACGCUCUCGGCGGCGGCGGCCCUUGGCCAGCACUGGCGGUGUCCUGCGCCACCCCACCCGCCUCCAGCUGGGUGUCCCAAGACCCAUCCGCCUAGUCCGCGAGAUGCGUCUCAGCAACGGCAAGCUCUACAGUGGCUCGGGCCCCCUGACAGGCGGAGGGGGAGCAGCAGGGGGGGCGUGCGGGGCCGUAGGAGGGGGGCCCUCAGACAUGGGCCUGGGGCCACAGCACCUCCUGGAGGACCAUCUGGGCGCCAACACUACGCCGCCCCCUCCCCCGCCCGCCGCGGCCACGGCGCCACCCUCCCGGAGCUGUGCCCACGUGCGGAUCUGCCAGGAGUGCCGGCGCAUCCAGAACCUGAGGUCGGCAUCGUCCUUCUCACGCAUCCCGCCCCACCUUGGCCCACAGUCUUCCCUGUCCCUGCCCCGCCUCCCGCCACCCCCGCCCCCCUCCUCCACCGACAGCGAUGGGGGUGGCUGCAGCACAGUGAGCCCCAGGCGGCCCAAGCCCACGCCCCCUCCGCGGCCCUUACCCCCGGCCAAGACGUCCACCACAGACCUGCUGCUCGGGAAACAAGACUGAGGAGGAACGGAGGGGUCAGACGUGAUAAGAGUCGAGGGUUAAAAGUCGAAGGUCAGGGUAUUUGCAGAGAAACGCGUAAAACGAGGAGCGGAGGGGGCGGUGAGCUUGUAGCGCAUUGACACGGCAGGAUCAAACCACUCUGACCCGUUUGAGGGGGUGGCGAAGGGUUCAUUCUCCAGAUAACGACCCAGUCAACACAGUCCUCUUAAACCAGGGGUCGUGCUAAAACAGGAGACUGGUUCAAACUGGACUAGACGGUAUAUUCAGACACUGAGAGACAUCAGGAGAGGCCUUCAUGUUGCUCCCUCGCUAGUCUAUGCUCUUCUGCCACAGCUCCAAGUCUGUAGUGAGACAGGCAUGUUAAACCAACCCAUGGUCUCCACUUUGAUCUGCUAUGCCACAGGCUGUCUAUGGAGUAGAAAAUAACUUUUGACCACACACGGCCGUUAGCUGCCUACGGUGUAUUGAGAGACCAUGUGGUGACCGUUCCACAGUAUGCAUAGACGUGUUCAAGCUGCCUGGUUUGGCUUUUGACCCCUCACUCUUUCACUUGGAUCUGGUGGGAGGACUUGACCUAUCCCACAAGCGCUGGAGAGGUUCAGGGGACCAGAGACUUAACACGCAGACACACGUACACAGAAACUCUUGCGCUUAGAGAAGUUGGUUCUCACAAAAAGAUGCAGAUUUUUCCCCAGAGCUGCUGCAAGAGCUUGAACUUUGGAAUUCUGGGACAUGUAAAACCAGACGAUGAAGGAAAAAAAAAGAAGCUUUCUCUGAGUGUAACUCGCCUAAUUUAUUUUCUAUCUUUCUUUCGUUAUAUAUUUGUAUUGUCGUCAUUGGUUUCUUGGUCACUGUGUAGUUAUUGACUCAUGUUUUUGGUUUGUCAUUAAAGAUCCUUGAGAAGCCAAUGUGGAGAUCAUGACCAAAUGAGAUCGCUUUCCCACCAAUCACAAGCCCGGGAACAAAAUUCAAAGGUCAACAUCUGAAACAUACAUUGACAGUACGCCCCAGAUCAAAUGAUUAAAUAUUACAGUCCAUGUUGGCUUGUUACAGUA